GUAUCUAUCAGAUGCAAGAAAAAAAAAUCUGAAAGACAUGGAUGGAAAUUGAAGACAAACAUUUAACUCUAAUCUGUGUGAGUUUGGUUGUCAGAAUCAGGUGGCCCCCACAAGUUUUGAAAGUCAUGUAAGCACAGCUUUGUUAUACCAAGUUGUUCUCAGUUCACUCACCCUCUCAUGUUAUGUGAUGAUUCAAUCUCACAGAGAAUCUUUGGAUUCUUUGAGUGAGCAAGACACCCCUCCAAGAAAUGCGGUCAUUUCCUCUGGGAACUUCACUAUCUCCUACUCCUAUAAACACCUCAAAAAUAUCACCUUUCAACAUUAAUUUCAAGAAAUCACCCACUUUUCCAUAUUGGGGUUCAACUUCUCCUCACGAAUUCUCUCUCUCACAAUCAGGAACAUGUAGAGCAAGUCAAGUAGCUGAUUUGUUCCCAACUGUGUCUCCUGAAAUCAUUGUGCGUGAGGCCAGGUUGGAGGACUGUUGGGAAGUGGCAGAGACUCACUGCAGCUCCUUCUUCCCCGAAUAUUCCUUCCCACUAGAUUUUGUGCUGAGGAUGGACAGAUUGGUGGCCAUGUUGGCAGGAUUUACAUUACCAAACGGUUGCAAGAGAACCUGUUUGGUUGCUGUUAUUGGCAACUCACUUUGUGAAACUUUCUUGUUUGGAAGUGAUGAUUUCAAGGUUGGUGGUUUUGAUGGGAAAUUCAGCCUCAACAAGGGGUAUGUGGCUGGUAUAUUAACAGUAGAUACUGUUGCUGACUUUCUACCUAGGAAGGGGCCUUUGCGACAGAAAAGGACUGGAAUUGCAUACAUAUCAAAUGUGGCAGUCCGGGAAAAAUUUAGGCGAAAGGGAAUAGCUAAACUCUUGGUAGCAAAGGCAGAAUCACAAGCCAGAAGCUGGGGCUGUCGUGCAAUUGCAUUACACUGUGAUUUCAAAAAUCCUGCUGCCACAAAGUUAUAUCAAGGCCAAGGUUUCAGGUGUAUCAAGGUUCCAGAAGGAGCUAACUGGCCACAGCCAAAGACCUCACCAGAUAUAAAGUUCAACUUCAUGAUGAAGCUUCUCAACAACUAAGCUGCUUCUAAAUCAAAUUAGACAUUGCUUAGUGGGCAAUAUUUAUGUUCUGAAAAACAUAAUGUUUUUAAGAAAAAAAAUGCACACGGAAAAAGCAGUCUGCUAUUGAAAUGUGUACAUGAAAAAAAACCAAAGAAUUAGAGAAAAAAUCACUUGAGAACCUUUUAGAUUGCUCCAAUAGCAGACAUUUGUAUAUCA